UUUCAUGGUCAGAGAUCAUUCACUGAAAGAGAUGAAAGUAUUAGAAUGAAAAAUAUAUAAUAUAUUCAGUCAAAUGAAAGUUAUAAGGUCUAAGGAAGUUAUCAAAAACAAAGAAAGACAGGGAGAGAGAGAAAGAAAACUGUUGCUAUCUUCUCUCUUGUAUCUAUCUAUCAAUCUAUCUGCAACAAACUUAUUCAAGAAGAGAGUGAUCAACUGUUGCUUUCUUCUAUUUCGUAUCUAACUGCAUUUCACAGCAAUGGUUCCUAGGUAGAUUUGAAAGAGAUGGCAAAAACACCCAAAUGGCUAAGAAGCUUCUUGACGGGGAAAAAAGAGAAGGACAAAGAAAAAAAAGAGAAAGAGAAGGGAGAAGUAAAUUUCCAAUCUCAAACUCCUACUGAAAAUCCGACAACUCCAGUCACCAUUACUCCUAACACUACUCCUAAAGAGAAAAAGCGAUGGAGUUUUCGAAGAUCCGCAGCAAGCACAGGAACAACACCCACUGGAACACCAACCAAAGAUGCAAAUUCUACAGAGUCGAUUCCUACCACUCCACAACCAGAUACAGAACAGCCCAUGGAAGGAUCUGAGAACGAUCAGAAAAAACAUGCCAUGGCAAUGGCUGCCGCCUCUGCUGCGGCAGCUGAUGCAGCCAUCGCAGCUGCACAUGCAGCUGCUGCAGUGAUCAGGAUAAAUGGAGCUGCCAAAGAUAGAAGAUCUAGUGCAAUUGAAGAAGCAGCUGCAAUUAAGAUUCAGUCUGUCUUCCGUUCUUUCUUGGCUAGGAAAGCAUUAUGCGCGUUGAAAGGGUUAGUGAAGUUGCAGGCAUUAGUAAGAGGUCACCUGGUCAGGAAACAGGCAACUGCUACCCUUCGGUGCAUGCAGGCAUUGCUGAGCGUUCAGGCUAGAGCUCGCACACAGAGAAUUCAAAUGGUUGGUGAUGAGGCAGCAGACCAGCGUAUUAAUCAAAGACAACUCAUCCAUAGAAAACCUCCACAAGAGCACCACUUUAGACAAACAUAUAAUGAUAUGGAUAAAGGGCUAGAGGAGAAUGUUAAGAUUGUGGAAAUGGAUCUUGGAGAAAUGAGGGGAACUUCAAAGGCCAGGAAUAGCUAUUCAAAUCACACACAAGCUGAACGGAUAGUAGAUCAUAGAUUCUCAACAUAUUAUGCUGGUAAUCGUGCCCAUGUAAAGCAAGAUCAUCACCAUCAGAUGUCACCUGCUCCAUCAGGUUUGACUGAAAUGAGCCCAAGAGCCUGCAGUGGACAUUUUGAGGACUAUUCAUUCGACACAACCCAGAGUAGCCCACAAUACUACUCAGCUAUGUCUAAACCUGAUCCAGGAAGAGUACCUUUUGGUUAUUUGCGUCCUGAAUAUGCAGAAUCUGUUUCAAGCGAAUAUCCAUUCUUUCCUAAUUACAUGGCCAACACGGAAUCAUCUAGGGCAAAAGUUCGAUCACAGAGUGCUCCAAAGCAACGCCCAGAAACUUCAUAUGAAAGGCAGCCAAGCAGGAGGAGGAUCUCAACUGAAGGAAGGAACAUACCACGUGCAGUUCGAAUGCAGCGGUCAUCUUCACAAGUUGGUUCUGCACCUAAUGGGUUAAAUAAUCCUUGGUCAAUCAAACUAGAUCGUUCUACAAUAUCUCUCAAGGACAGUGAAUGUGGUUCAACAAGUACAGUUCUCACAAAUGCAAACUACUGCAGGUCUCUGAUUGCUUACGAGAUCAGUAAGCAUUGAAUAUAAAGAAGUUUGUGGUUUCAGAACAAGAGAGGAUUACUAAAUUUACGGUUUAUGCAUCGUGCAAAGAACUUUGACAACGUAGUUUAAGCGAAUUUGGCCUCUGUGUUAUUUUGUGUGCUAGUUUCGGCUGCCUAUUCUAAAAGUCUGAUUCUGCAAUUUCAUGGCUUUUGUGACUGCUGCAGCCCGAUUGAUAUUAGCACUGACUGUUUUCUCAUUAUUCAACUGGAACUUGCGUUGAUUCAGUGAAAACAGUAAGCAAUAAGUUGGAUACUGGAGAAACAAUUCGAGCUACAACAGAGAACUGGUCACUCGGUUUCUAAGAGUGGGGGACUCAAAUUGUUGACUUAAGAAUCAUGGUACAAACGUACCUUAGAAGUAAAUCUGAAUUGAAGCUCCGUUAAACUAAUUCUUUUCGGUUUAGUGUCUCUGCCAACCUUUUGUUUCUUUGUUGAGAUCUCUUUGCUUUAGUGGGGAGGGGGCUUUUGGGACAAAGGGUGAUGUAAACAUAAAGCACGAGAGUGCAGAACUUAACAAUAGAUGUUUAAACGAAUAGUACUUGUUGAAUAUAAUGCAGUGAGUAGUGAGUUAUUUGUA